GGAAGCCGGAGGAGCCCGGGAGGAAGCGGAGGAGGGAGCGGGAGGCGGCGGCGUUGGGUCCCGUCGGCCUCCGGCAGGACUGACAGCUGAGAAGCCGGAAGGCAGGCGCGCGCGGCGGAGAGGCGGGCGGGAGGCCGGAGGUUAUUUAAUGAGAAGUGCCAUAGACUGAAAAACGAAACAUGAGGGUAGCAGGUGCUGCAAAGUUGGUGGUAGCCGUGGCAGUAUUUUUACUGACAUUUUAUGUUAUUUCUCAAGUAUUUGAAAUAAAAAUGGAUGCAAGUUUAGGAAAUCUAUUUGCAAGGUCAGCAUUGGACACGGCAGUGCGUUCUACAAAACCUCCCAGAUAUAAAUGUGGAAUCUCAAAAGCUUGCCCUGAGAAGCAUUUUGCUUUUAAAAUGGCAAGUGGAGCAGCCAAUGUGGUGGGACCCAAAAUCUGUCUGGAAGACAAUGUUUUAAUGAGUGGCGUUAAGAAUAACGUUGGAAGAGGGAUCAAUGUUGCCUUGGCAAAUGGAAAAACAGGAGAAGUAUUAGACACCAAAUAUUUUGACAUGUGGGGAGGAGAUGUGGCCCCCUUUAUUGAGUUUCUGAAGUCCAUACAAGAUGGAACAAUAGUCUUAAUGGGAACAUACGAUGAUGGAGCAACCAAACUCAAUGAUGAGGCACGGCGGCUCAUUGCUGAAUUGGGGAGUACCUCUAUUACUAAUCUUGGUUUUAGAGACAACUGGGUCUUCUGUGGUGGGAAAGGCAUCAAGACAAAAAGCCCCUUUGAACAGCACAUCAAGAACAAUAAGGACACAAACAAGUACGAAGGAUGGCCCGAAGUUGUCGAGAUGGAAGGAUGCAUCCCCCAGAAGCAAGACUGAUGUAGAGGAAGUUGAAGGAGACGCACUUUCAUUAUUAAUGGCAGAGCUGUGACAGAGGAGCUAUGUGUAAAUACUUUAAGAGCAUGCAGCCAUCUCGGUGUGUGCAUGAGCAUUAUCCCUUUUGAUAUCAGGAUUAUUUAUUGCUAACGUAAAUAGAUGCCUUUGUAAAUAGUCAUCAUAAUGAGCAAAUCACUGAACCAUUUCUAAGCACAUUUCCAUAAUAAUAGUACAGUGGUUAGACUGCUACAGUAAUGACAUCCUUUAAUUCUAAAAGCAUACCCGAUGGAUAACUGAACCGAUUGUGAAAAAUAUAUUGAUAUGUAUACUGGUUGCUGUGAAAACCUAUCAUGGAAUAAUUUGGAUUUUAGGGAGGAGACUUUGUUUUCUUUUAUACACAUAUAUACAUACACGUAUAUAUGUAUGUAUAUAUAUUGCUUUUUAAUGAUAGUAUCUUUUAAAUUAAAAAGAUAUUUGGCUAGUUGUGUGUGUAAUGUUACUUUACAGUCUGACUCUCUGCUCUUUUUCCUUAGUCUUUCUCUUCUCUUCCCAAAAAACCUAGAAAUAAAUGAAAACCUGUAUCAGAUAUGUGAAAAGCACAACAGAAUUCUUUUUUUUUAAUGUACACAGUAAAAAAGUAAAUAUGUAAAUGUAGAUGGUAUUCAGGACUGUAGUUUGCUGGAUUUCGUGUUAGCGGUGUGAAUAAUGACUUCGCAGAAGCUGCUUAGAGUGAGGCUGGGGGUGGCAGCCCCACGGAACUAGGGAAGCUGGCCGCGUCCCUUCCCUGUCCCAACCAGGUAGUGCAGGACAGCCAUGACAGUAUAUUUAGAGCAACACUGGCAUAGAUUUCCCUCUUGAACUGUUGUCAGCAUUGACCAUGCGGUUUAGAAAAAGGCAUACUUUAAUAUCAUAGUUAUUUUGAUGGUCAACCAAGAAAUAAUUCUGUAUUUACUUCAUCUAACUUCAUAAUAGCAGUUUUGCCUGAAGAUAUAAGGACUUAGAAAAGUCGUAAUUACUGAGUGGAGUGAUACCAUGUAAAAAAUAAUUUGAUUGGACCUCAGAUGACUUCAUACCCAAUUCUACAUAAAAUUUUGUUAACUUGAGAUAUUAACUAAAUGAUUCAAUGUGUGUGUGUGUACACACACACACACACACACACACACUUUAAGGGCGUUAAAUACCUAUUGUGCAUGAAAUAUCUUAAACUGGAACAUAAAUUAAUGAUCAAACUGCUAUUCACAAUAAAAGGCAACACUUAAAUUUUGAAUAUAAUUUUAGAUGACUUGUAUAAAAAAACUAAAGGCAGUAUUUUUAUUUUGCUGUAAGCCAAGUUGGAGACUAUUAGCUAUUUCUUAAAUAUUAACGAGCUUUGGGGUACUGGUUCUUCUCAAACUGAAUGUAAUUCAAGAAUAAAUGCACCUUAUACGUUUAUAGAAUUUUUGUAAACUUUUCAGAUUUCUGGUGCUCAUAUGCAAAAUCACAUUCAGCAUGUAUAUUUUGACAUUUAAAAUACUUCCCUAGAUUAUGUCAAUUAAAAGAAUAGCUCUUUUCCAGUUCCAGGGAUGGUGAAUUGAUGUUGCAUUUUUUGCAUUGUUGGGUUUUGUUGUAUUAUCUGGCCAAAUAACAUACCUACAAAACUUCACAUUAGUGUUUGUCAAGCAUUCAUUGUACUGCUCAACAUGGAACGUUUAAGACAUUCCUAUGCUUAAACACACUGAUAUCCUCAGGAUAUACGUGUAGAAUUUAAGUACCCAGAUGGCAAGACAUCCCUUUCAAGGUGAAAAGUAUAAGACGGUAGCUUUGUGAAGCUGUACAGAAUGUCAUAAGGAGGGAUAAAGAUUGGUUCUGUGGCAGUUUUGGUGCAGUUUGCUUUUGUUUCAGUUCAUGUAUAGAUGGUGCCAACUUUAGAAGCAAUAAUUUUCCCACGUUUCAUUUUCAGAUCUCUUGUAAAAGUCUGCAUUGUAAAUGUAACAAUGUUCAUUUGAUGUUGAGAAUUUUCUUUAUUAAAAUCAGAAAUUUGGCAUUGA